AUGAGAAUUCAAGGAGCAAAAGUAGUGAGACACACAUCAUCAACGUCAUUGAUAAUGCUACGUUACGACGUCAUGGAAAAGCUCCAAAUGACCCCCGGACGUUUUUCUGUCUGUUGGCUCAUCCUGGUGUGUGUCAUCCCCGGUGUGAUGUUGUGUCUACAGUGUGACCUUGCCAUCCGCCACAUGCACGAAGACUUCAUUUCCACAAAACACGAUAUGACUGUCCAAGAGCAGAUGGAUCUGAAGAAGAUUGUCAGUAAUGCCUACAUCACCUACCAGGAUACCAGCAUGCAGCUCUCUGGUGUCAUCGAUCUUACUACUUUGUACCGAGCACAAACUGAGUAUGAGAGCGAGUUCAGAAGGCACUGGCAGGAACCGAGCAUUGGUGCUAUCCAGUGGGAUAUGAUAAAUAUCCUGAAUAAAGGGCAAAGGAUCCUGAAGAAGCAUCUAGAAGUUUUUGUUGCAGAAGGACUGUGUCCAAAUAAAUGCGGUUUAUUGUUUCAGAGUGUAAUGAAUUGCUCUUCCUGCCAGUAUGGGCUGCGUAUAUGUCAAUCUGAUACACCCCCGAAGGACUGCGGAGAGCAUCACUUGUUAGUGAAUGAGGGCGAGCAGGCAGUAUUGGAUUGUUUUCUCCCGUGGCACCAUUUGGUAGUAGGACAUGCUGAGUAUCAUUACUCUUGGAAACGAGGAGCCACACAUUUUUCAGCUGAGGAUGGGUUCGAAGUUCUGGUGGUGACGAAGGACUCCAAAAUCGUCCUGAACCAGCUGAGUGUGAGUGAACAGGGAGUGUAUCGCUGCUUCCUGCUGGAUCAACACGACAUUACACUCUCACGCACACACUUCAUCCUGACUGUCACCCCCAUGCCCACUUUGCCACCAAGACAGAUUGCAACACUCCCUUCCCUCCGUCAUGUUGAUGUGAGUCAUGUCCAGCUUCAUGCAGACACUCUGAUCAUCACUCUCGCUCUUCUCACGGCUCUGAGCAUGUCAGGCAGCCUGGUCAUCAUCCUGUACAUCGGGAUGACGGUGAGACGGCAGACGAAAGCCAAAGUGGAGGAAGAAGAAUAG